AUGAUCUCUUGGGGUGGCGUUUCGACCAAUGAACAAGCGAACAGCAGCAGCGAAUACCUCUGGACCAUGCAACCCGCCCUGAGCGGCAUGUCAUGGAACUUGGAGCGCGUGGAUACUACGAGUCGACGUACGACAGCCCAGCGUUCGGCCGGGUCGGGCGCUGUGGUGUGCAACAACACAGCCUUUUUCAUUGGAGGAUGGGUCAAUGUCGAUACUGAUCCGAGUGUCGAUGUUCCUCGGACUACGAAGAUUCCAAAGGUAACCACAUCAAUGUAUGACUUGGAGACCGGCAUAUGGUCUACGUCAACAAAUGGAUUCAACGAGAAUGACACAUACUAUCAUGGAAGCGCGACGUGCCUUGCCAACUACGCAGAGAGCGGUAUUGUCAUCGUACUUGGGGGCGAGACGGGUCAGACGGCCGUAUACAAGGAAGGCGAAAGAUAUGUCGCCUUUGACCAGGUGCACAUAUAUAGCAUACACAAAGACGAGUGGCUCAAGCAGGAGACGACGGGAUCUCAACCCUCGAACCGGAGCCACUUCUGCACCGUCUCUGCCAACGGUACCAACGGAACGACAGAAAUAUUUGUCUACGGCGGAUUCAAUAGCCAACUGUCAGAGGCUUACGAUGAUCUGUACGUGCUGACUAUUCCCGGGUUCCACUGGACCAAGGUCGAUUAUCCCUCUUCUUCGCCCCGCGCGGACCACGCGUGCGUCCGGGCAGGUGGGCGGCAAAUGGUUGUGAUCGGCGGCGCCAACCUUGGACUCAGCUCCCAGGAGGCUGUCUAUGAGGAUGUCGAUCCAUGGGCAAACGGACUUGGCGUCUUCGACCUGGUAAACCUGAGCUGGAGUCAUAUCUACUCCAGCGAGAAUAAUGAUUAUGACACGCCCACGUCCAUCUCGGACUGGUAUGCUGCGGGAUCGAAUGGUGUAGCGAUGAAGUCAAAGACCUCUUCAGUGGUGCGGUUGACCUUGAUGCUGUCCGAAAUAUCGCUGACAUGUCUAGGUCACUACAUGAAUGGCAGGAACGCCCCCCCGAGUAAGAACUCUACAAUCACCAUCAUCACGAGCGUCGUCGGAGGAGUAACUGGCACAGUAGCUGCCAUGGCAAUCGUUAUCGUCUGUGUCUGCAUGCGUCGGCGGAAUAAGGAGAUCAAGUCAGGGAUAACCGUACACCGCUUCGCAGAUGCUGGUCCGCCCGGGACGGUAAAUCGCCGAAACGACACCUCAAUGAGCGAAGUGCAAGGUCAUUUGGCCCCGUCAUCGGCCUACAUUCCAGCCUGGACGGCGACAAGCCAAGCUUCCACGGAGCCCAGUCCGUUGACGCUGCAUUGCACACAGCAUCCCAUUGCCGAACUGAAAGCCGAAGAACCGCGAUGGGAGCUGGAGGCGCCCGUUUACCCGGUCGAACUAGAAUGCAAUCCGCCAGGCCAUCGGAAAUUCUCUUUUUGA